AUGGGUGAUAAGAGGUUUAAGGUCAUAAUCAAAUCACCUAGUGACAAAAUACCUAGUUUGACUGUGCAAUGCCUUUCUCACUGGCUGGCCAGUGACUUGAAAAAUUACUUAUCAGAGCAUCAUCUCGCCCACCCUAGUGUAUCAUCUCAAAGACUUAUCCAUGCUGGUAAGCUUUUAAAAGAUGAUACAUCAAUCUCAGACAUUUGUAGUCAGGUCGAUGGGCUUCCUACAAUCCAUCUAGUAUACCCCAACCCAAGACCAAUGGGCGAUUCUAAUGUCAACAACCAACGGGGUGACAAUACUCUGUUUGAUAUUUCACCCGAGCAAAUGCAUAAAUAUCAGCAAGCGUAUUAUCAUUAUCUACAAACUUUUUAUAUGGAGAAUCCUCCAGUAAAUCGGACUGAGUACCGCACACAGGAUUACCGUUGCCCUAUCGAUUUUGGAUCAGGGACUGUGAUACAAAUGCUUCCCGGAAACUAUAGUUUCCCUAACAAUGCUUAUGUACCACAAACUCAUAGCUCUUCACACCAAGCAAUCCCAAACAGUUCAUCUAGCAACACGCAACAAUGGAUUCAAAGGGCACAGGCACUUUUAUCCGGUUGGGGAGUGUUUAAUGGUAAUCGUCGUCAGAGGGAAGCGGGUGAGGUAUUACCGAAUGAAGAUGGAGUUAACCAAAGAGCUGACCAAAUCCAACCCCAAGCAGCACAAGAAGUGUUUAAUAAUGCAAUACGAAAUAAUGAUCGACCCGAUGAAGACGUUAACGGGGUGGGAAAUAUGGACAUAAUUGAUCGUUUUUACUUGCUUUUUCGACUUUGUCUUUUCGUGGGACUUUGUUUCGCAUAUUCAUCUUUGGACAAGGCACUUAUUGUAUUCUCAGUUGCUGCUUAUGUAUACCUGUAUAAUAUCUACCGCAGAUACGCUGUUGUAGAGCGUAUAGUACAGGCCCAACGGCGACCACAACAAAAUCCGCAAGUUACACAAAGCAAUUUAAACACUCCAGCAAGUGAACAAUCGGAGAAUCAGCAAAGCCAGCUUGCUCAGGAGUCUACGGAUCAAGCAAACGGUAGCCUACGUGGUGAACAAGAAUCGAGAUUUACGAGGAUAACUACAAAUCUACGUUUGGCAGCAAAUCUUUCUUAUCAGUUCUUUUCAGCUCUGAUUUCCUCAAUUAUUCCAGAACAACCACCACCACUACAUCUAGACUAG